CGUUCUGUGGUUUGUGUCUAUUCGCUCUGCCUGAGGCCGGCCAGUGACUUGGUGCCCUAGCGGUAGGAAGCGCAGAUGGAGGGGGGAGAGGAAGCGGCGGCGGCGGCGGUGGCCGCGGUGGAUUCGAAGGACUUGCAGCAGCAGAGCAAAGCCCUCGACAAGCUCACCGAUCGCGUCGAAGACCGUCAACUGGACUCCACCCGCGUCCAAUCGGCCAUGGCAGCUCUCGCUUCAUCCAAAGAAGCUGAUUGGAACGCAAUGAGGAUGCGGGAGAAAGAAUUGGCUGCUGUUAAGAUCAAUCCCAUCGAUGUAGACAUCAUCGCUAAUGAACUUGAGUUGGACAAGAAGAUUGCUGAGAGAACACUGAGGGAGCACAAAGGUGAUGCAGUUGCUGCUGUUCGCUAUCUACUGCACUGAAUACUUGCUGUUGCAUGAUUUUGUAGCGAUAUAGUGCCAUGGCUGCACUUAUUUGUUCGAAUGUUCCAGUGCUGUCAACAUUUAUAUGAAACAUUUUUUUUGUACUCUUUAGCCCUUAAGUUGUUGAGCUGUUGAGGAGUGUCAACAAAUUGUUGCUGAAUCAUGAAAUUGCUAUUGGUGGAAGGUCGGUGUUUUUUUGCUGCAUGCUAAA